CAGCAGCACAUCUGAAUACAUUUUAUUAAAUUUUCAGAAAUAGCAAUAGAACAGAACAUUAACUCAAAAUGGGGUUUCUAACAGUAUUAAAAAAAAUGCGCCGGAAGGAAAAGGAGAUGCGCAUAUUGCUCCUUGGCUUGGACAAUGCCGGAAAGACAACAAUAUUAAAGCGGUUCAAUGGCGAGCCCAUCGACAAAAUUUCACCCACACUGGGCUUCAACAUAAAGACUCUGGAACAUAAUGGUUACACAUUAAACAUGUGGGACGUGGGUGGACAGAAAUCCCUGCGUUCCUAUUGGCGGAACUACUUUGAAUGCACAGAUGGCCUUGUAUGGGUAGUGGACAGUGCCGAUCGCAUGCGUCUAGAGAUGUGCAAAAAGGAGCUGGAGGUACUUCUACAGGAAGAACGCCUAGCCGGUGCAACUUUGCUUGUACUCUGCAACAAGCAAGACUUACCGGGCGCGCUAAGCUCUAAUGAGAUCAAAGAGUUGCUGCAACUAGAUGACAUUACAACCCAUCACUGGCUAGUCGUAGGUGUCAGCGCAGUGACGGGAGAAAAGCUUUUAAGUUCCAUGGACUGGCUGAUUGGCGACAUAGCCAAAAGAAUAUUUACAUUAGAUUAGGUAAUACAUAAGUUCUACUUUUCAAGCAAAUACAUCUUAUAUAAUCUCAUA